AUGACCACCUGCAAGAAGCACCAGGCACACCGUGUGACGGUCGACACCAUGGGCUCCAGCAUGAUUUCGGCAGAAACAGAAGAAAAACCGAUCAAAUACUUUGAGGAACUUGCGGCUGUUGUGCGUCUACCCCCUUCUGCAGACCGAGAUGUUCAGGCCUCGCUCAUCUACUCCAUCUUGAAGGUCCCCUCAGUUACAAACAAAGUCAACCGAGCCAUCAAAGCGAGCGUUCUGGCUCCGUUCGAAGACGCCAACUACAGCUCCAUCUGCACUCAAGAACUUGCCGACAUCCAUCGCUUCAUGGCCGACGCAUCUAGCAUGGUACAUGACCUAGAGCAUUCUAUCUCCACGUUCAGUCGUCUCAAGGAGAGAUUAGAGCAAUCUAUGAGCGCUUGUUCUCGAUCUACUUCUGCGAUCGGACGCAUCCCAGUUGAAAUCUUGGUCGAAAUUUUCGUGUUAGCCCGCCCUCCGAGUCGCUGCCUAGGCAUUAAGGGGACCUCAUCUACUGUCAUACGCCCAGGAUUGAAAGUGUCGUUCAACGCCGCCCAAGUAUCCAGACGCUGGAGAAGCGUCGCGCUGAACACCCCCCGACUUUGGAGCCCUAUCCACCUUUCGGGUGCCAAGGAAGUGGUCGCUUGCGGCAUUCCCGGCCCCCUCGAGAUGCUGGCUAGGACGUCUUUUGCUCCCUCAUACCUAGUCGUCUACCUUCACGCAGCGAAUCAUCGCUUCAUGGUAGCGUGCAAAAAGGGUUUCAUAUCUGCUUUCGAGCAGAAAUGUAAGGGGCUCGACGUCCAUGUCAUGCGCAAUGACAGGAAGAACCACUACAGCUAUUGUUACAGCAAGAUUGCAGAAUGGCUUCCUCGUUUCAGCAAGCUUGAAAGGCUAGCACUCAUGGAUUGUCAUCUCGACGUCCAAAUCUCUACCCUAUGGGCGCACUGGAACAAACUUACACACCUUCAUAUUCAGUUACGGACCUUCGAAGAUAGGGGAAAGUUCUACUCCCUCCCAGCGUUACCGACCAUGAAAGUACUUGUUGCGGAAGAACUCACCCUUCCUCGAGAUACGGAAAGCUUCUUCUUGAAAUUCCCUAACCUUACCGACUUCUUCGCCCAGCAACCCUGUUCUACGUGGCCUCUUCAACCAUUCUCUCAUUCCAAGCUCGAACGUGUAGCAGUGUACUGUUCCUCGGCUUAUGUCGCCGAUUUUAUGUCCGCAGCGACCUUGCCAUCCCUCACGGAUCUCGCUGUUUCCAGUAUAUCAUACCAUGACUCAAAGGUGGAAGACUUACUUACCGACCUCGUCCAUCGCUCGGGGUGCCAGUUGAGACGGCUUAACAUCCUCAAUGGGUGGUCUCACGAGAAACGGCUAUUGGAACAGCACAAGAUCAGCAAAGCGUUGGCGAUCCCGAUCGUUCACUGUGAACUUGACUGGGACAACAUGACGAUGAUGCGUGAGCUGAAGACCAACUGGUACGAGCGGGAGUAUUUCGUGGAACCUAAGUCCUAGAGUCUCGAAGAGU